CUGAAGUGUGUGUGCUCAGACUUUAGUCCCUCAGGAGCCUCAGACUCGUGCAGAAUGAGUUCAGCAGCAGGCGGGUCGGCCCUGCGGGUCCAUGCGGUCCGGUUCGGCCCGGGUCAGGAGCUGCUGGGGUCUCUGCAGGCGUUCGUGGACGAGCGGCGACUCCGCGCCCCGUUCAUCAUCACCUGCGUGGGCAGCGUCACCAAGGCAACGCUCCGCCUGGCCAACGCCACGGCCUCGAACACCGAUGAGGUGAUCCACCUCAGCGGACGGUUCGAGAUCGUGUCCUUGGUCGGGACCCUGAACCGGGACGCCCACCUCCACGUCUGCCUGUCGGACGGCGAGGGCCGGACGGUCGGGGGUCACGCGCUCGGCGGCCUGGAGGUGUUCACCACGGCCGAGGUGGUCGUCGGCGAGGCGGCGGACCUGCAGUUCACCAGGGAGCCGGACGGGCGGACGGGCUUCCCCGAGCUGGUGGUGCACAAGGCCGACAGUUGA